AUGAAAGUGAUCGUAUUCGGAAGUACUGGCUUCAUUGGGCUACCUGUCGCACAUGCACUUGUACGCAACGGACAUCAAGUCUACGGCGUAUCGCGUAGUGAGAAGAAUGCGCAGCUCAUGCGUGCAAACGAAAUCAUCCCACUCAUUGGUGAUAUUUUUGAUCCUGCAACAUGGGAAAAGCAUCUUGUCGACGCAGACGUUGUAGUCGACUGUGCAGCAGGCGACAUUGCCACGAAUGCUCGUCGUCUCUUCCAGGUCGUCACCUCUUCUGCCGCUCGGAUCCGUCCUGGCAAUCGGGGGACAUAUUCCAAACUGGCGUACAUCUACACCUCUGGAACGUGGGUGCACGGUGAGGAGCGUAGCCAGCUACGCUCCGACGCGUCCCUUCCGACCCCGCCUUUACUUGUAGCCUGGCGUCCAGCUGUGGAAGACGAGGUGGUAAAGAGUGAGAUUGUCAGGGGGAUUGUCAUCAGGCCGAGUUUGGUCUAUGGUCGACAGGGGAGCCUGUUCUCGUCUUUAUUCGCCCAAGCUACUCCGUCGGUGGAAAAGGUGGAAUGGUUUGGAACGCCGGGAGGGUCCUAUGCCCUCGUCCACGUUGAUGAUCUGGCGGAUUGUUUUCUUCGAGCAGUCGAAAAGAAUCAUCUGAUCAGUGGUCUUAUCCUCGACUGCACUAAUGAACGAACCGAGUCUGUGGACGGUAUCUUGUAUGCAUUUGCCACGGUGGUGGGUGUAUCACUCGACAAGGUGACCUAUCGACCACCCGCCAACGUGCUCGAAGAGGCUAUGGCUGUUACGACGAGACUGCGACCGACAUUGGCUCGUGCGCUCUUGGGAUGGGAGCCUCGCAAGGCGGGUUUGGUAGAUGGCAUGGUGACCUAUCUCGAGGCGUACAAAGGAUCCAUCUCAACACUCUUGUACUGA